AUUCAUAAUUAUUCAGUUUUCUUUUUUCUUUUUUUUUCUUUUUCUUUCUUUUAACGAAAUAAUUGUUAAAUCGAAGAGUUGCUUGAAUUUCUUUUCGAAUGAUUGCCGCGCGAUUAUUAUAUGAUUCAUGGGAAAUUAACGUCACCUAUAUGUUUCACCUUGUUUCUUGUACUACGUGGAUAUAUCGAAGUGAACGAUUUCGUUAAUGCAAAUAUAAUUUCUUUUUUCGAAGAAUCUUUUUUCUUUAAUUAUAAAAUAAUAUCAAUAGAGUUAAGCGUGGAGAAAUAAAAUUUUUACCACCUUCGUAAUAUCAUAAAUUAUUGAAAUAUAACAUUUUUCAUUGGUUGUUACUUUUUAUUUAAAAAUUAAUGUGUACGUCGGGAUAGAUGGCGUUUGCGCCUAUUUGAUUAAUAAGGUUUUUUGCUGUCAUAAAUUUAUAAACGUUUUACUAAUUUUAACAUAUUUAAUCAAAAUAUGAUAAAAUAAUUAUUGAUUUAUAAAAAUGUGGAAAUAUUAUUGUAUUUACAACGUAUUAAACGUUAUACUUGCCAAUACAUGGGCCCACGAAGUAAAAAAUUUCGAUGAUACUAUUUUAUUCAAAAUUAAUUGGCCAGACAAAAGUAAUACAGAAUUAUUAGAGCCUGGAAAUAAUGUUGAGCCUUAUUUUAUAACAACUGCAAAUAAUGAACGUUAUCAAUGUUUAAUACCAGAUAUGAUAGAACAAGAACAUAAUAAUGAUGAAGUAUAUAAGGGAUCAAAUCCAAUAGAAAUAUUAUCAAUGUUAUUUCGUCAAAAUACUUGUUCUUAUAGGUUAGAGUCUUAUUGGACUUAUGAAUUAUGUCAUGGCCAUUUUGUGCGCCAGUAUCAUGAAGAUAGAGAAGGAAAAAAGGUCAAAACUCAAGAAUAUUAUCUUGGUAAUUUUGACAAAUCACAAAAUUUCAAACUUUCCGUUGAAUACGAUGAAUUAGCAAAAAAUCCUGAUAAAAAGCCAGAGAUACCAGUAAAGAAAGUAGAUGGAAUAAAUAUGCCUUAUGUUGAAAUUAAAAUGGGAGAUGGUACACUUUGUGAUAUAAGCAGUAAACCAAGAAUGAUAAGAGUUCUAUAUGUAUGUUAUCAACAUGGCAAACAUGAAAUAUUUUCAUUAAAAGAAACAUCUAGCUGUGAAUAUGAGGCCAUUGUUCUAUCUCCAUUGCUUUGUUAUCAUCCUGAUUAUAAACCACAAGAUUCUAAGGAAAAUGAAAUUGAAUGCCGUCCUGUGGAUAAUACACCCAAGAAACCUAGAGCACUUGUUGCAAUGGAAAUGGAGAGUUUGAAACUUCGACAUCAAAAAGAUAACAAGCUGCAGAAAAUCUAUGCGAUCUUCCAUGUAGAUAAGGAGGGCCAGGAUGGUGAUGCUCGUGUAAGGGUUGAAAUACGACCAGUAGAUGUUGUUGAUAAACAGAAUGGUGAGGAUGAUUCUGUUAAUUCGUUAAUAGAUCAAAACAUAACUCCUGCAGAAAUUAAUUCGGUCCAAAACUUUCUUAGUGGCAAAAAUUGUUUACAUGGAGGAAAUGGUUGGUGGAAAUAUGAAUUCUGUUUUGGACGUUCUAUAGUCCAGUAUCAUACGGAAAAAGAUGGUACUAAGACUACUGUUAAUCUUGGUAAAUUUGAUAGACAAAAACACUUGGAAUGGAUUGCUACUCAUCCUUAUAAGAAACCAGGACCACCAGAAGUGCGUAAAUAUUUAUCACAUUUUUAUAGCGAUGGAAGUAUUUGUGAAAAAAUUGGCCAAUUACGACAAACUGAGGUAAAAUUAAAGUGUGUUGAGAAUCAUAUGGGCAGUCCAUCCAGUAUAUCAUUAUUCUUAUUAGAACCAAAAACAUGCAAAUAUGUGUUAAGAGUUGAGUCCCCAUUAAUCUGUGAUAUUUUAGAAUAUGCAGAUGAAAAUGGUCUUUUAAGUGAAAAAUUUGAAACAGAUUUUGCUAAAUUAAAAAUAACAGCUCUUCAUGUAGAACAAGAUGAUUUAGAUGAAAGAAUAGCUAAUGGAGAUGAUUAAUGAAAAUUGAUUUUUUAUUAAUUUUUAAUAAACGAAUAGGAAAGGUACAAUUAAUUGUAAUUUAUAAUAAAAUUGAUUUAAUCACCGUGAUUAUUACAAAACAUAAUCACUAAUAUUGUCAAUUGUACUUUUCUCAUAUAAAAUUUGUGUAGAAUUUUGUAAACAUGCUUAAAUGAAUUUAAGUGUAUAUAUUUUUUAAUAAUUAUACAAUAGUGUAACUUAUAAUUGUUUUUUUUUUUUUACUAGAUUGGAAGUAAAAAUAGUUGUACAAAAAAAUUUAUCAGGCAUACAAACAUUAUUUAAUUUAAGAUAUAAGUAAUAAAGUUUAUAAAAAGAAUAUUAUCAAUACAUCAGUUUUUAUUACUAAAGUAAUAAAAAAAAAAUUCAUAGAUGUCUGUGAUAUAAAUCACAGAACACAUACAAUUAAACACAUAUUGUAUGAUCAAUUAACAAUAAUUAUACACCAAUAUCAAGACCUACACCUACGCGAAAUUGCUGAUUCAGAUGAUUCAAGUGUCCACUAAUGAUUAAUGAUGAUUCUGGAAUUGGAUAUAAUUUCUUUUCAAAUACACAACCAAUACUACUUUCUGAAUUAACAAUGCCUUUGAAAAUUAGAUCAGCAUAUGGUAUAUUAAUUUGGUAUACUAUAGUGGCAAUUGAUUCAUGAAUCCUCAUAUUAGUUUCUAUCUCAACACCAAGUUGCAGUUGUUUGCUUGCUCUUCUAUAAUAACAAAUAUGAAGACCAGCUUCUCCUAAAGUAGCAGACCAUGUUGCAGGUCCUGUAUUAUAUCUGAAUGCUACACACAUUAAUGUUUGUUGACCGCCAGUAAUUUUAGAAUUUCGAAGACAAGCUACUUCUGCACCCAAUGUAAUCCUAGAUGUAAUUGCUUGCAAGAAAUGUAAUACAACAAUUCCUUGCUGCUUUAAAAAUUUUGGAUUUGCUAAUGUUAAUGCCAAUGUAUAAUCAUUGGACCGAUAUUCUAUGGAUGAACUAGAAGCCUUGUAUUUAAAAUUUGCAACUUGCGUAGACAAUUUGAAUCUAAAUCUACAUCCAAGUGUAUGUACAAAAUUUGCUGUCAUGUUUCCAUUUGGAAUAAUAUCGCCUUUCACAAUCGGAUACUUCUCAUGCAAGCCCACUGCCUUAGUGCCAAUGUAAGAUGCGCCAAAUUUGUAUCCCGAAGGAGUUACAGAACUCAACGUUAUUGUGUGCAUUACAUUGAAAUGGGAACUGAGAACUUUCUUAAUUAUUAAUCUUGCACCCUCAAAAUUUUGUGGAUAAAGAUCCUUCACUUUUUUAUGAAGAUCCUCGAAACUCCCUGGAUUUCCAGGUUUUCUGUCUUCUUCGUUUGGGCAUGGUACACAGUCAGGAAUAUCUGUCUUAUUUGAGGCUAUAUAUGGAUUUUGUUCUUUAUUUACAAUGGCAUAUAUAAUACCCAUUAUGAUCACGAAAAAUGGCUUCCUUAAAAGAAGUCAAAAUUUGUAUAAAUUCGGCGUUCAUCGAAAUAUUUGUACAUUUUUCUGAGCAGGGACAAAACAUUUAAAUUGAAUGUAUUAUUUGCAAAUUCGAAAGCUAAAAAAGAUGGGGUUGAUAGUGAACAUUUGAAAUUUGCCGCUAAGAGGAAUAAAAAAACGAAGGAUGCGCAGUAGCAUAAAUUUGAGGUUCCACAAUAUUGUCAAUAGAUGACUCUGUUAUAUCAUUGUAUACUUGAGUUUCUCAUAAAUACUCUAUAAAGGUAUCUUAUCUUUAUAAGAGUUCAAAGAUUGUAAUUUGACGGAAGUGUGUGCUAGUGAUGGCACAGCUGAACAUUGAUCGCUAAACGUCGAGAUUAUGGCAGAUCUGCUCAGUGGGUGUUGUCACGUGGUCGCUUCAAGUAGCUUGUGUUCGGCUCCCGAUUGCGCGUGCAUGUUCGUGGUUUUCUUCCAAAACCUCGGAUAUGCACGCCUGCACGGUUGAGUCUUCACGUCGCUCCUCGAACUACCGCGAUUUCCAAAUUGGGGGGCAAUCGAAUAGGUCAGACGAGGUAAUUUGUCGCUUCCAUAUACAGGCACUGCGGAAAAGCAGUAUGCCAUUUUUUUU